GCGAGCGUGCUGGGUCAGCCCGAUGGGGGUAAUCGAGGGUUUCGGGGACGCCGAGCGGCGCUUUCCUCUUCCCUGCGAGUGAGGGAGGGAAGUCUGCGGCUGCUGCGCGGCCACUUUCCCCGCGCGCGCCCCGGAGCUCCCUGCAGGAGGUGAAAGUCCCCGCGGUCUGGAUGGCGUAGUUGCGCCGGGCGCUGCAGCUGCCGGAGUUCGCUGCGGCCGAGCGCUGGGCGGGGAAACUUCUCUCCAACUUGAGGCGGGUGGGUCUCCGCCUGACACGCCGCCUCCACGCAACCCAUAGAGUAUACAGAAUAACCAGCCCAACAUCAGCAUAAUCUGCUCAUCUUCACCCAUUUGAUGGAGUCUCUAAUCAGAGUUGUUUGUUCCUGGCAUCAGGGAAUUCAAUGUUAUCAAGUGUCACCAAUGACUUUAGUGCCACCGCAUAUCUGAUAUUGUGUUACAGGCAAUUUGAAAAUUGGAAAGAGGGAUUUUUAAGGCCACUUCUGAUUUGUAAAGAUUAUCUGUGAUCUGAAGAACUAGAGGCUGCGGUAACUGCUGAGACACACUUUUGAAGAAAUAAAAAUGGCUUCUCGUCAUGUGAUUGUCGUGUUUACCCUGAUGAGUUCCUGUCUCGCUACUGCAGGGCCGGAGCACGGUGCCCAGUGUGAGCUGUCGCCGGUGAAUGCCUCCCAUCCAGUCCAGGCCCUGAUGGAGAGCUUCACGGUCUUGUCUGGCUGUGCCAGCAGAGGCACGACGGGGCUGCCCCAGGAGGUGCACAUCCUGAACCUUCGUUCCAGCGACCAGGGGCUGGGGCAGCUGCAGAGAGAGGUCACUCUGCACCUGAAUCCCAUCUCCUCAGUCCACAUUCAUCAUAAGCCUGUUGUGUUCCUGCUCAACUCCCCGCAGCCCCUGGUUUGGCAUCUGAAGACAGAGAGGCUUGCAUUUGGAGUCUCCAGGCUUUUCUUGGUGUCUGAGGGUUCUGUGGUCCAAUUUUCAUCAGGAAACUUCUCCUUGUCAGCAGAAACAGAAGAAAGGCUCUUCCCACAUGAAAACGAACAUCUGUUAAAUUGGGCUCGAAAGGAGUAUGGAGCAGUCACUUCAUUCACUGAACUCAAGAUAGCAAGAAACAUUUAUAUUAAAGUGGGGGAAGAUCAAGUGUUUCCUCCCACAUGUACCAUAGGGAAGAAUUUUCUGUCCCUCAAUUACCUUGCUGAGUAUCUUCAGCCCAAAGCGGCAGAAGGGUGUGUCAUCUCCAACCAGCCCCAGGAUAAGGAAGUGCACAUCAUUGAGUUAAUCACCCCCAACUCGAACCCCUACAGUGCUUUCCAGGUGGACAUAAUAAUUGACAUAAGACCUUCUCGAAAAGAUCCUGAGGUGGUCAAAAAUCUCAUCCUGAUCUUGAAGUGCAAAAAGUCUGUCAACUGGGUGAUCAAAUCUUUCGAUGUUAAGGGAAACCUGAAAGUGAUUGCUCCCAACAGUAUUGGCUUUGGUAAAGAGAGUGAAAGAUCCAUGGUAAUGACCAAAUCAAUAAGAGAUGACAUCCCUUCAACCCAAGAAAAUCUCAUCAAGUGGGCUUUGGACAAUGGCUAUAGUCCCAUCACAUCAUACACCAUGGCUCCUGUGGCUAAUAGAUUUCAUCUUCGGCUUGAAAAUAAUGAGGAGAUGAGAGAUGAGGAAGUCCACACCAUCCCUCCUGAGCUACGGAUCCUGCUGGACCCUGGCACCCUGCCUGCCCUGGAGAACCCACCCAUCCGGGGAGGGGGAGGCCGAAGUGGAGGUUUCCCCUUUCCUUUUCCUGAUAUCUCCAUGAGAGGCCAUGAGGAUGUGGGAGAAGAUGACAUCCCCAGGCCCAAGGACCCUGCCAUUCCCAGCUUACAGCUGUUUCCUGGCCCCAGAGAGCCCGAGGAGGUGCAAGGGAGCAUGGAUGUUGCCCUGUCAGUCAAAUGUGACAAUGAAAAGAUGAUCGUGGCCAUAGAGAAAGAUUCUUUCCAGGCCAACAGUUACUCAGGAAUGGAGCUCACCUUAUUGGAUCCUACCUGCAAGGCCAGGAUGAAUGGCACCCACUUCAUUUUGGAGUCUCCGCUGAAUGGCUGUGGUACUUCCCACCGGCUCUCAGCCCCUGAUGGGGUGGUUUACUAUAACUCUAUCGUGAUACAGGUCCCCUCCCCUGAGGACAGCAGUGGUGGGACAGAGGGUUUUGAAGACCUGGAGUCAGGUGACAAUGGAUUCCCAGGAGAGUUGGAGGAAGGAGAAUUUCCCUUCUUUGUCGGACCAGAAGUUGUGGCGUUUAAUUGCAGCCUGCGGCAGGUGAGGAAUCCCAGUGGCUUCCAGGACCCACACAACAGGAACGUCACCUUCAACAUGGAGCUGUACAACACAGACCUCUUCCUGGUGCCCUCCCAGGGGGUCUUCUCCGUGGCAGAGAAUGGACAUGUUUAUGUUGAGGUGUCUGUUACUAAGGCUGACCAAGAACUGGGAUUUGCCAUCCAAACAUGUUUUAUCUCUCCCUAUUCGAACCCUGAUAGGAUGUCUGAUUACACCAUCAUUGAGAACAUUUGUCCUAAAGAUGAAUCCGUGAAAUUCUAUAAUCCCAAGAGAGUGCUCUUUCCUAUCCCGCAAGCUGAGAUAGAUAAGAAGCGAUUCAGCUUUGUUUUUAAGUCUGUCUUCAACACCUCGCUGCUCUUCCUACAGUGUGAGCUCACAUUGUGCACCAAGAAGGAGAGGGACCCCCAGGGCUUACCUAAGUGCGUUCCUCCCGAUGAAGCCUGCACCUCACUGGAUGCAUCCAUGAUCUGGGCCAUGAUGCAGAAUAAGAAGACCUUCACCAAGCCCCUCGCUGUGAUCCACCAUGAAGUAGUACCUAAAGAAACAGAUCCAAGCAUGAAGGAACUGGGUCCAAUUCCACCACCAGUUUUCCACGGCCUGGACACCCUGACUGUGAUGGGCAUUGCGUUUGCAGCGUUCGUGAUUGGGGCGCUGCUGACGGGGGCUUUGUGGUACAUCUAUUCUCACACGGGGGAGACGGCAGGAAGGCAGCAAGUCCCCACCUCCCCACCAGCAUCAGAAAACAGCAGCGCAGCGCACAGCAUCGGCAGCACACAGAGCACACCCUGCUCCAGCAGCAGCGCGGCCUAGCCCGCCUGCGCGGGGAGGACAGGCCUGAUGCCGCACUGACAUGCACUCAGACUUCGAAGGCUCGAUUGUGGUCCCCUUGCAAGGAGAGAAUGAAUUUUGAUGUAAAGAUCACCUGUUGUAUUCACAACCUCCCCCCACCCAGGGCUACUGUAAACGUGACCUCUGGACUGUAACACACUAGAAUUCAUGUGAGAAAGCUAAGGUGGUGGCCUUCUUCACCAGCCCCUCACAGGCUUGGGGGUUUUCAAUGUGAAACACAUGCCAGUUCUUAAAAUGCUGCUUUGUCCAGGUAAUAACAUCCGUAACGGGACCCUGAGUUUUUCUUGAGAUUCAAGAAGUUGGUAAACAGAGAAUAGAACCAGUGAGGAGAUGUGGUCAAAGAUGGUUUUAUAACUGAACCACGAUGUAAAACAAAAGAAAUGCUUCGAGACUUUCUAAAGUUUCUCCCUGUCAAAUUUGCACCUUUGUCUGGAUGGACACUUGUCACCUGCUGCCACACCCCUUGGGGGCUGAUCUGUCAGGUUAGAUGGCCGCUGCCCUCAGGGACUGCAUCCUGACCCAUAUCAGGCGACAUUCCUUUCUUGUGCCCCGGGCCAAAACCAUGCUGAUUCCCUCCUCAGUGUCCUCCUCCUGCCCACACUGCAGACAACUGCAAAAAUGUCUUAAUGCAAAUUUCCUACUUCAUUACAGACCUAGAGAAAUGGAAAAUGGUGCAUCUUUGAGACUGCAGAUUUGUGCCAUUGAUGACAUUUUAUCUUGAUGAAUUAGGGUAUAAAUUGGGACAAAAUUCAGUUGUAAAGUUAGGAGGAAUUUGCAUGGGGGUAUAUGUACAAGUACAAGUAGAUAAUAGGUCAUCUGGUAUAUUCGUUUCCAGAUGAAGAGAAAACCCAUUCCCAUUUUGAAAAUGCCCUACACCUUCCGAGUUGGAACUUAUUCAUAAAUAUGUUUGGUAGAAUUUGUGUUUCCACUCAAAACACGUCAACCAUUUUAAUAACUCCUUUUGGAAGAAUCAAGCUCUUGUGAGAUGAAAAGGCAUGGCAGAUUUAGCUCAGUUCUGAUCAUUUAUCGGAACAGUUAUCUCACCAAUUCUGCCAAGAAAGUACUGAGAUAUGAAAAAAGGCACCCAAUUGGGUUGCCUCAGUUCUCUUGCCUUAAAUAUAUCCCAAACUCAAGAAGAAUUUGAGGUGAAUUUCAUGAAAUGGAAUAAUAUGAUGCCACUUUGCAGCUAAAAUAAGCUCAACUGAUACCUCUAUGUUUAAAAGAAUGCCAGAGGAACAUCUCCAUGCCAAAUAAUUUACUACUGAGGAUAGCUUCAUUGCAAAUAAAUAGUACUCACUUUUCUAGAAUUCCCCCCAGACUCAGAAUUCUACAAAUAGAACAAGGCUAGACUGUACGCCAACAUAUUCAUAAGCAAAUCUCACCAUCCUUAAAAUAAGCAGGUUAUGCCUGGUUCUCUGUGAAUGGAACCCUAAAUAGGAAUGUUGGCACCCAAGAUUUGAGAGUAGAAUCUGUCUACAAGGCAAACAAGUAGGUGGAAAUUAAUGAUCACUGUUACACAGUCAUAGAGUAAACAAUAUUCUGAUUGACUUGCUCCAUGUAGAUAUUUAUCAGGAUAAUUUUAACCAGAAGAGAUUACUUGAGAGCUAAGAUUUGCAGGCUCUCUGCAUUGCUACAUUGAAAAUUUUUGCACAUUUUCAAAUGAAGAUGUGAGAUAAAAAAGAAUGUUUUUCCCUUUGGUUAAUUCUUUUCUAACAUACAUGGUAUCAGAGUGGAGGACCUAGAUUACGCUACCUGUGUUUGAAAAAUAAUGCGCUUUGCCUAACCUUCAGCAGAAUGUAUUGUUUAAGCAUAUUCUAUAUAUAAAAAAAGUUUAAAGAUGUCUUCAAAGAAGACUAGAGUCUUUAAGUCACUUAUAGCUAUAUUUUACUACAAAAAUAUGUGUAUAAAGAUAUAUUUAAGUGUUUUAGAUAAAUUUAACUUACUCCAUAUGAGAUGUUUAAUUUCAGUUACUGUGAAUUCUUUUGAUCAGUUCUUUGCCUUUUAAAAAACCCUUUCCAUCUUAUGAAAAAGAAAAUGAGCUAUUAAGAGGUAUUGAAAGGUCGAAUGCAUAGAUGGACGGGAUUAAAACCUUUUGUAAUAUAUUUAAAUGUAUAUUUUUAAGAGAGAUGCUACAUUGCCAAUGAUUUUAUAAAUAGUUUAAAAUUAAUUUACAAAUUUAUAGAUGCAAACCAAAAGAUUUUAAAGGAAAGAGGGGAGAAAAUCAUCAUCUUUGAUUUUUUUUGGAGCUUAUUGUCACAAGUAUUAUUCAGCAAUCCCUGUUCAUGAAACCUGACUUCAUGUUAAUCAGAGAGUAAAUGUCACUCAGCAUUUCUGAAAACAUUUCUAAAAACUGAUCAUUUAAAAAAAAAAAAACUUCUUCCUAACUUCUCAUUACAGCAUUUUUCCAAUUGCUUCCUACUUCACAGUUUUAAUACAAAUUACAAGCUCUACUUUAUAACACAUUCUGCAAGUUUCUUUAAAACUGUUGUUAUAUUCCAGUAAACUCUUGUAUCUGCAGAGUCUUGUUACUUCUGCAGGCUACACCCUUUAUUCACAGAGGCCAUUUUGUUUUGUUUGAUGUAAAGCUAUUGUUGAAAUGCUCUAAACUCCAAGGCAGAUUACCUGUGUAAUAGCCUUUAGCUUCUCAUCAUGUGGUCUAGACUUAACAGUCUCUAUUUUGAAAGUCAGAGAUUUCUUCUAAGCUGUUUCUAUUGUAUUUUCUAAACAAAACAAAACAAAACAAAAAUGGUCUUUUCCUUGUCUCAUAAGAAGAUUGUAAACCCAUUUCCUGUGUGUGUUCUGUGGGGGCAUGAUUGAGAGCGAGUGUGGGGCCCGUAUCACGGGCCAGUAUUUUUGUACUGUAACUACCUCAUGGUUUGUGUGAUGGCUGCACUGCUGGUUGUGUUAACAGAGCACAUUUUGUUGGGUGGAUCAUGUGUUUUGUCCUAUUUGUUUUAUCUGGGGGUUGUUCAUGAAACUGACAGAUGUUUUACUGAAAGGAUGAUUAUCACUUUCCAGAUACAAUACUUCUCUCUUCUGUUUUUUUUCUGAAUGAGCCUGAUUUUGUUGAUGAUUUUCAUCAUCUAUGAGGGUAAAAAGAGUACCCUUAAAAUCCCUGUGGCCAGUUUGAACACCCCUAGUGUAUUCUUUUCUCUGUUCAAUGUGUCAGCAAUUUUGUGAACAUGCUUAGAUGUAUAGUUUUGAUAACCACAGUUUUAAGUCUUUUAUCUGUGCAUAAUAAAAAUAUAUAUCAAUUAUUAAUAUGUGUCU